AACACCGGCCAACUGUCAAAAAGGCUGCUUUUGUCAACAACAAAAAUUACACAAUUCCAUUCGCAUUUCUUCAUCGCGGAAUUGUAACGCGGUUUUUGUUUUAGGAAAGUGCACUACAAACAGGGUAGUAUGUCCAAGUACAAAGAACUCACCAAGCUUACCACGACGUACGCGCGCCGGAUGAACUACCUGUCGAAUCGCAUCUUCGGUGAAGUGGCCCGCCCAACCAACCCCCAAUCCAUGAAGGUGGUCAAGAUGUUCAGUGAAGAGCCGAUCCACAAGCGGGACUACGUCGUGAACUGGUAUCCGCGGCACGUGGAGACGCAUCUCCUCGCGAUGAAGCUCCGCGAGUACGGUCUGUUCCGGGACGAGCAUCAAGACUUCAAGGAGGAGAUGAAACGAUUGCGUGCACUGCGCGGCAAAGCACCUCCGAAGAAGGGUGAAGGAAAGCGUGCGGCGAAGAAAUAAGUGGCGGUGGAUGGUGUAUCACAAUAUAUAGGAUGUUCCGUUAAUCCCGACCCGGAAGCGUGUACUGUGUUCAUCACUUUAUUCAAUAUGUUUCAUAAUUCUCAUUCAAUACACACAACCCGUCUUCCACGAA